AUGAUCCCUGGGAAAGCUAUUGAGGAGGACAACACUGAAAAAAUUUUCUUCUUAAAGAGAGCCUUUCAUUUUCUAAAUGAAUCAAUACCUGCUGACACUUUGAUUGCAUUUAAAUCUACAAUUGGCGAUUGGUCCGGUGACAUCACUGACAAGUCAUUGUUUAACUUAUGGCACAGCACCAAAACUGAAGUUGAAGCCCUCCGAAUGGAAGAUAGUGAUCUAAGGCACGAGAAUCGGACGUCUUCACUUACAGCUGACUUUAACAUUCCAGCCCCGAUUUCCGACUUAGCCACUGCGGACAUGGAGCUUGUACAUGAACUACCAGGGCCACCAUCCAGCACAGCUGACUUCAACAUUCCAGCACCGAUUUCUGACUUAGCCACUGCGGAUAUGGAGCUUGUACAUGAACUACCAGGACGACCAUCUAGCACAGUUCUUAAAUAUUAA